AUGUUAAGUGUAACGACGCUUUUUCUUGGCAUAAUUGUGCACAAGUCUGUGGUGGCAUUCAGCAUCGGCAUGAAUUUGAUCAGGAAUCAUCCAGGAAAAAUAUUUUUUGUUAUAUUUCUGGUUAUCAUUGUGGCGCUUACUGCUCCUGUUGGUGGCUUAAUUGGUAUUGCUCUUGAGGGCGCCGAAAUUGGUGAGCAGCCCAGGAAUAUAGUAACAGCAGUAUUUACAUCACUAGCCAUUGGUACUUUCAUUUAUAUUACUUUUUUCGAGAUACUGUACGAAGAGCGGAGGAAGGAGGAGUGGAAACUGGAGCAAUUGUGUAGUACUAUCAUUGGCUUCGCAGUGAUUGCCGUGUUUAUGCUUUACGAACCUUGA